AUUGGAAGAAUAUCAAAAGUUAUUUCUUUUUGUGUUGACUAUCUAUAUGACAUUUAAACACCGGUCUCUCAGAAUCACCAGAAAAAUUUUCGCUUUCUUUUUUCACUUUUCUCACUCUUUUCUUUUUGUCUUAUUAUUCCGUGAUAUGCAAACCUUACUAUGAAAAGAAUCGUAUCACCUUCGUUAUACGUUGUUAAUACGAAAUAUACUACUACAACUACUAUUAUUCACUUACAAUCUAUACGUACUUUUCAUUAUGGGAAAACUUUAUACAAAUCAAUAGAUCAAAUAAAGACCAAUCCAGCUCAUGUUCAAUUAUUAUCACCUGAUUUACAUAAACAAAUAUUCACACCUUAUUCAAGUCAAUCAAAAACAACAAAUUCUCAAUUCAAAAAAAGGGAAGAACUUUCUAAACAACAUUUGAUAUUACAAGACAUUUGGGGAAAGAAAUCUGAUACUGUGAAUCCAAUUAAUAUCAAACUUCCUACUCUUUAUGGUGAUAAUAUUGAAGAACACUUUAUGCGUAUUGGUUUAGAACAAUCUACAUCUAUCUUGGAAAAAUCUGAACGAUUAGCUCAACUGGAUCUUCCUCCCUUACCUACAAAAAGUAAAUGGCGACCCCAACCUGGCUGGACAAGAUACGAUGGUGAAACUGGACUUAUUACAACGGUGGAUUUUCCAAAGGAUGAAGCAUUGGUAUUUGAUGUAGAAGUUCUUGUUAGUGAUGGUCAUUAUCCUAUGAUGGCAGUCGCAGCUUCUCCUCAAGCAUGGUACUCUUGGACUUCUCCUUAUGUAUUCUCUGGAAAGGCAAAGGAUAAACAAGUAUUGAUACCCAUGGGAAAAUUAGAUAAACCUGAAAGACUUUUAGUAGGACACAAUGUUGGUUACGAUCGUGCUAGGAUUGCAGAAGAAUAUGAUCGAUUGGGUUCUGGUAUCAAGUAUUUGGACACAAUGAGUCUUCAUAUUGCUGUUGCUGGUUUAUGCUCUCAACAAAGACCAGCUUGGAAUUCUAUAUUGAAGAAAAAACAAGAAAAUGGCAUAUCAUCUUCAUCAUCGUCAUCAUCAUUAUCAUUAUCAUCAUCAAUACCCUCUUCUAUUCAUGAUCAUCCUAUAGAAUCUUCAACUGGACAAACAAGCUUUUUUGAUGUCAGUACUCACAAUAAUCUCAAAGAUGUGGCGAAAUUUCAUUGUGGUUUGGACAUGGACAAGUCACAACGUUCCUUUUUUGUCAAUGGAACUCUACAAGAUAUUCAAGAAAACUUCAAUGAACUUAUGACAUAUUGUGCUCAAGAUGUACUCAUGACUCACAAAGUCUAUCAAGUCGUAUUACCAAAAUUUCGUGAUAAUUGUCCUCAUCCUGUCUCUUUUGCUGGUAUGAUUCAAAUGGGCAGUUCUUUCUUGACAGUAACAGAAAAAUGGGAACGAUAUUUGGAAAAAUCUGUGGAGAAACACAAGGAAUUGGAUGAUAUGUUGGAUGUCAAAUUGCGAUUAUUGGCAGAUCAAGCUCAUGAACUAGUCAACACUCCCGAAAAAUGGCAAGCUGAUCCUUGGCUAAGUCAGUUAGAUUGGUUCGUCAACCCUCGACAACGAAAGCUCAAAGGUUCUCCCAAAUGGUACAAGGAUGCAUACGAUACCAAAUCUGGAAAGCUCAAAAUUACCACACGAUCAAGGGUAGCACCUUUACUUCUUCGACUCAAAUGGAAUGGAUAUCCUCUACAUUAUCUCCCAAGGUAUGGUUGGUGCUAUAAGGUGAAUCAUGAUCAAGUCAUUGCAAAUAAUAAUAAUAAUAAUAAUAACAAUAAUAAUGAAGGUAACAAGAAAAAGGAGGUGUUCCAGGAUGACAAUUACUAUUACUUCAAAGUACCUCACAAAGAUGGUGAAGAUGCAAACUGCGGUAAUCCUUUGGCUAAGAACUACAUUGAUGCUUAUGAAGACAACACUCUUUCUUCUGAAUACGACGCUGCAAAAGAAGCAUUAGAAUUGAACGCAAAAUCAGCCUAUUGGAUCAGUUCUCGUGAACGAAUUCUUGGACAAUUUGUAGUAUGGGAUGAUAAUCCAACAGUCAAUUUGAACAUGCCCAAAAAACAUCGACAAACUUCCAACAACAAUAAUGGUAACAAAAAGUAUGGUAUGAUCUUACCUCAAAUGGUUUCUAUGGGAACAGUGACUCGACGUGCAGUGGAACGAACAUGGUUAACAGCAAGUAAUGCCAAAGCAAAUCGAAUUGGGUCUGAAUUGAAAUCAAUGAUCCAAGCUCCUGAUGGAUACAAGAUUGUGGGCGCAGAUGUGGAUUCUGAAGAACUUUGGAUCUCUAGUGUGAUUGGUGAUGCACAGUUUGGAUUUCACGGAGCAACAGCAUUAGGAUGGAUGACACUACAAGGGACAAAAUCUGAAGGCACUGAUCUCCAUUCAAAGACAGCAUCUAUUUUAGGUAUCAGUCGCAACAAGGCAAAGAUAUUCAACUAUGCUCGAAUCUAUGGAGCUGGAGUGAAAUAUGCCACCAGUCUAUUACAACAAUACAGUCAAGGGAUGGAUUUGGAAACCGCUAAAGCAAGAGCAAUGGAUCUUUAUUCAAGUACCAAAGGUGAAAAGGAACAUCGCAAACGGAAUCCUUUUAAGCGACUCUUUUGGCAUGGUGGAUCGGAAAGUUAUAUGUUCAACGCAUUAGAAGAUAUUGCUCUCUCGGACGAUCCCAGGACACCCGUCCUUGGCUGUGCUGUGACGGAUGCUCUCAAACCAAAAUAUACAAAGGACAAGUUCUCUACAUCAAGAAUCAAUUGGGUUGUACAAAGUUCUGGUGUCGAUUAUCUACAUAUGCUUUUGGUCUCUAUGGCUCAUUUGAUUGAACGGUACAAUAUUGAUGCUCGAUUUAUGCUUUCUGUCCAUGAUGAAGUCCGGUAUCUCUCUUCUGACAAGGAUCAACAUCGAACCGCACUUGCUCUUCAAGUAGCCAAUUUAUGGACACGUGCUCUAUUUAGCUACAAACUAGGUAUUCACAAUCUUCCUCAGAGUGUUGCUUUUUUCUCGGCGGUUGAUUUAGAUCAUGUAUUACGCAAGGAACCUACUAUGACAUGUACGACACCUUCUCAUGAAGAAGCCAUUGAAGAAGGUGUGUGUGAAGGAAUUUUAGAAACGAUGGCGAUUUUAGAAAAAGAUACAGGACUGAAUGGACAAACUCAUUGUUUAUUGGGCAAGGGUAAAACGACGGCUGGUAAGACCCUAGCAUCGACGACGGUGAAGCAAGCUUUGCAGCAUAUGAAAGAUCUUCAGAAUGGUGGGCGUGAAUCAUCUCCUUAUAGUGAUGAUGCUUUUUUGGUGGCUCAAAUGCACAAAGAUUAUCGUGACAAAUUGGAACCUUGGAUUGAUGGUGGCAAGGCAACAGAAGAGAAGGUAAUACGCAAAUCAUCAUCAUCAUCAUCAUCAUCGUCAUCAUCAUCAUCAUCAUCAUCAUCAGUUUCACCGACGUCUGCAUCAUCAAAUAAUACAUCAGCAUCAAAAGCAUCUAUAGAUUACGUUUCGACAUUUGAAAGAAUGGAUUGGCAUGAUAGUCAACAACAACAGCAUCAAGUUCCUCUUACAUUACCCAGCAUCAGGAAAAAACGAAUACGGAAAAAUACCAAUCAUUUUGACUCUAGCAAAGUAGUGUAUCUAUGAUCUUUUAUUUAUUUAUUUGUUGUAUAGUCAUUUUUGUUUUUUUUUUAUUUUAAUGAACUUUCAUACCUUUUGCAUACUUAACAUUUAUUUGAU